AUGUCGAGACAAAGUCGCGCAAGCUAUAACAGUAGACCCGCCUCUUCGUAUCAAUCUGUGAGCCAACAAUCAACUAUUUCGUAUUCUCCGCCGUCAAAUGCAGAAUCGGUCGCUGCAACUUCAGAUUUAUAUCCAUCACGCUACGAUUAUGGAAGAGUAAGAGAAUCGAGAAAUGUUCUCGGAAAGUACCUUACUUCCAGAGGACGACAGGCAAGAAGAGAAACCAAGGAGUCUGCAAACUCUCGCAAAGAAAGAGAACGAAUUCGUGCUGAAGAUCACAGAAAGGAACUCGUGGGUAGAUAUAGAUACGAGGAGGCGAGACGUAGAGAAAUAUCGGAAAGAAAAUCAGGAGAGGAAGACGAAGUACAAGAGGAAAGGAGAGUACUAGCGAUAGAAGGAAAUGGUGGGUGGUAUCAACAUGAUCGGGAACGAGAAGAAGAAAGAAAACCACGAAGACCACACAGAGAAAUAUCCAGAACAAGAGCAGCAUCACCACCACCACCGAGACAAAGAUUACAAAAGAGAAACCGAGAGGAAGAAAGGGUACGACAGCGAAACAAUUUGAAACGAGAGAACCUCAGACAGGAGGGAGAAACAUUGCGCGAGAAUUACAGGUAUCGAGAAGGAGAAGGACUAGGAGAGGAAAAUCAACCCUUUCGUUUGAUUAGUGCCUGGGAACGUGGCUUUGAUGUUCAAAGAGAAGAUACCCGGAGAUGGGUAUUAGAAUCUACGUAUCAGUCAAAAGAUUAUCCUGUUGUACCUCUUCGUGAUCGGAAAGGAAGUAGUCCUCCAAUACCGUUACUGCGAAACAGGCCUUCUGGGCCUCAGCUUCAUCGACUUGCUCCAUCCUCUGUAUCCUCUCAAUCCUCCCGACCACCUCGGUCUUCUGGGCCUCAGCUUCAUCGACCUGCUCCAUCCUCUGUAUCCUCUCUAUCCUCUCAAUCCUCCCAACGACCUCGGUCUCCCCGAUUUCCUCAACCCCAUCCGACUCCUCAAUCUACUCAGUCCCUCCCUCUUCCUGAUCGUCAUCGCCGCCCUGCUCCAUCUCGUCGUCGCCACCCUGCUCCAUCUUCGCCUUAUGACACCAAUACUCUACCAAGAACCAAAAUUGAACACAAUUCACCACCACCAUCAUUACCACCACCAUCACCACCAUCGUCAUCACCAUCAUUUCCACCACCUCGCAAAUCUCACCAUCGCCAUCGCCAUCUCCGUCACCGCAAUCCUAAUCCACCUGAGCGUCGCUCUUCAAGCCGCGGUCGAAGCCAUCCUCCAGCCUCAACGCAUGCUUUAACAAUAGAAAACAUAGCACGACACACUGGAAACAGGCACUCAUCCAUAAACAAUAACCCUGCUGCAACAAAACACUCUCGAUCUAAACACAAUGAAAACAAGAACCCAUCCAUAAACAACACACCCAUAAACAACACACCAACCGCAAAAGAACGCUCCAACUUCAAAGACAGAGCCAAAAAUAUUUUUUCGAGAAGCUCUCGAAUCAGAGCAUCUGGAAAGGCUCGAGUCAAGGAUUGUGUUCGAGUAGGGGCCGUUGUUGGAAAAGCUGGAGCCGAUGCCGGAAGAUUGCUUUGCAAAGCAGCGGCAGGUGUCGCUGACGCUCUUGAAGACUAA